GUCCCGCCUAAGUCCGCAGGGUCCGGUCGGUGUCCUGCGGCUGCAGGCUGCAUGAGACCGGUGCGACUCAUGAAGGUGUUCGUCACGCGCAGGAUCCCGCCCGAGGGCAGGGCCGCGCUCGCCCGGGCCGCAGACUGUGAGGUGGAGCAGUGGGAUUCGGAUGAGCCCAUCCCCAGUGAGGAGCUGGAGCGAGGUUUGGCGGGGGCCCAUGGCCUGCUGUGCCUCCUCUCUGACCGCGUGGACAAGAGGCUCCUGGAUGCGGCAGGAGCCAGUCUCAAAGUCAUCAGCACACUGUCCGUGGGCGUGGACCACUUGGCUUUGGAUGAAAUAAAGAAGCGUGGGAUCCGAGUGGGCCACACUCCAGAUGUCCUGACAGACACCACCGCCGAGCUUGCUGUCUCUCUGCUACUCACUACCUGCCGCCGGUUGCCCGAGGCCAUCGAGGAAGUGAAGAAUGGCGGCUGGACCUCAUGGAAGCCCCUGUGGAUGUGUGGCUACGGACUCACGCAGAGCACUGUUGGCAUCAUCGGGCUGGGACGCAUAGGCCAGGCCAUUGCUCGACGUCUGAAGCCAUUCGGUGUCCAGAGAUUUCUAUACACAGGCCGCCAGCCUAGGCCUCAGGAAGCAGCGGAAUUCCAGGCAGAGUUCGUGUCUGUCCCUCAGCUGGCUGCUGAGUCUGAUUUCAUCAUCGUGGUCUGCUCCUUAACACCUGCAACCAAGGGACUCUGCAACAAGGACUUCUUUGAGAAGAUGAAGAAAACAGCUGUGUUUGUCAACGUCAGCAGGGGAGACGUCGUAAACCAGGAUGACCUGUACCAGGCCUUGGCCAGUGGUCAAAUUGCAGCUGCUGGACUGGAUGUGACAACCCCAGAACCACUGCCCACAAACCACCCUCUCCUGACGCUGAAGAACUGUGUGAUACUGCCCCACAUUGGCAGUGCCACCUUCAGAACUCGCAACACCAUGUCCUUGCUGGCAGCUGACAACUUGCUGGCUGGCCUGAGAGGGGAGCCAAUGCCCAGUGAACUCAAGCUGUAGCCAGACAGGAGACACCAAGGGCUGAGGCAGUCGGUGCCCUGGGAUUCUGUCAGACGUGCCCAGGCUUGAUGUGGACCCACAGGCAGGAGCCAAGGAAAAGUCUGAUCUGUACUGACUCUGCGAAGGAAGACUGGUGUUGAUGGGUGUGACUGCCACGUUUGUGGUUGGACACAUCUGAGCCAAAAGGGUGUAAUUCUAUUAUUAAACAAUUCUUUAAGA